UAGAAUAGCUAUUACGUCACAACAUGGCGGCUCUUUGUAUGAAUCUGCUGCGAAGCUAGUUGAAUAAAUGUGAAAAAAACACAUAAUUUGAUUAAAAAUAUAUAUUUAGAAAGUACGGAGCUUUGGAUGCAAAAAUGCAUCGUUGGGGGCUUAAUAUUUUAGUUCGGUUUAAAAACGUGCUUCGGUGUAGUUGACAUGCUAGCCUUGGAGCUAAGUUAACGUUAGCAAAGGAUAGCAAACACUGAGCAAUUUAUCAUCGUUGGUCCUGCUGUGAAACCCAACAUUAGUUUUGUUGAAGCAAUGUUGGGAUUUCUGACUGCAAGGCAGGCCGGUCUGGAUGACCCACUGCGACUGAGACGAGCAGAGUCAACGAGAAGGGUCCUGAGUCUCACGUUGAAUCCUGACAGAGAAGUGGACAGAAUCCAUGGAAAUGGCAUCAACACCAUAGACAUCGAAGUAGUAGAGGGCAGAUACAUGUUGUCUGGUGGAGCAGAUGGAGUGAUCGUCAUCUACGACCUGGAGAACUACAGCGGGAAACUACAUUACACAUGCAAGUCAGUGUGCACAGUAGGCAGGUCAAAUCGGUACGUCCACAAAUUCAGCGUAGAGACGGUCCAGUGGUAUCCUUACGACACAGGCAUGUUUGUCUCCAGUUCCUUUGACAAGACGAUGAAAGUCUGGGACACGGAGACGCUGAAGCCUGCGGAAGUCUUUGAGUUUGAGGGCAACGUCUACAGUCACCACCUGUCCCCCAUUGCCAGGAAGCACAGUCUCAUCGCAGUUGGCACCAAAGACCCUAAAAUCCAUCUGUGUGACCUUAAGUCUGGGUCACGGAUUCAAGUUCUUCAGGGACACAGAGCGGAGAUCCUGUCCGUGCGCUGGUCGCCCAGAUACGAGCACAUCUUAGCAACUGCCAGUGCAGACAGCAAAGUGAAAGUAUGGGACGUGCGUCGGGCCUCUGGCUGUCUCUUCAGUCUGGAUCAGCACAAUGGAGACAAAUCCAAAGCGGCCUCCGAGGCAGUGAACACGGCUCAUAAUGGCAGAGUCAACGGCCUGUGCUUCACUGGCGAUGGCCUCUACCUCCUCACCAUGGGAACCGACGACCGGAUGCGACUAUGGAAUAGUGCUACCGGGGAAAACACACUGGUGAACUACGGGAAGGUCUCCAACGGGAAUCGCAAGAAGCUCCAGUUCACCGUGUCGCGCGGCUGCGGCCCGGAGUUUGUGUUUGUGCCGUGCGAGAGCUCGGUGGCCGUGUACGCCGUCCACACGGGAGAGCUGGUCUCCACGCUCAGGGGCCACUACAACAACGUGGACUGCUGCGAGCUCCACCCGGACUACCAGGAGCUGUACAGUGGAGGUAAAGACUGUAACAUCGUGGCGUGGAUCCCUGUCCUUCGCGCCCCAGAUGUGGAGGACGAGUCAAAAAGUGCAAAUCAGGCUGCUCCCGGGGCCCCGUCUUCAGUGAACCAAGCCUUUCAGGACGCAUGGAGCAGCGAUGAAGAUUGAGUCUGGCUUUUGUAUGCAUGGACAACUUGCAAAUGAUCACUCUUCUUUUUACGGUUAACUCGUGGGGAAAAAAAUUAAUGAAGGUUCAGGGAAACCGGGGGAAGCUAUUUGUGGCUCCUGUUACGUAAUCGCAGACAACAAUGUACUUUAUAUUUACACAAUGUUAUGAAAAAAUGUUUAUUUUGUACUUUUUAUAUCUGAUUGUUUUUCUUUUUGAAUUUGUGUGUGAAGCCAACGUGGUGUGCAUGAGAUGAGAUAAGAUACAAGCAGAGACGUGGGAAUGACCAGGCAAUAAGAAAACACUUAUGCCAUAAUUUGCAUUUGUUUUUGAGUUCUAGCUGAGACUACCUGUAUGAGUGACUGAAACCUUCUCUCUGACACACCCCAACAGUUUUACAUAUUGCCUUGGUUACCAUGAGAACGCCUUGAACACCACCCCCCCCCACUUGUCUCCCCUCCCCAAAAAGAAAACAACAAUGAACAAAAACACCUCAACAUUGUCCUACUCAGUCUCUUCUUUAUUUUCAUUAUCUCAGCAUCUCAGUACAAUGAAUUUUUUCAAUGAAAUAAUACUUCUGUCUUUAUCAUCAUUUACACCACAGUUUUAAUUUAGCGGCCACUUUUUAUCCAAAGCACACACAUAAGUGCAUUCAAACAAGAAGGUACAGACACAGAACAACAUUGUAAAUGUCACAUAAUGUGUUAGUCAGCUCUCUCUUCACCUAAUUACCUCAAGUGUCUUCUACUGUCUUGUAAGUCUUAGAAUAAAGGUGCUGGAAUGCC